AUAAACUACAACAAACAACAGCAAAAAUAUUAAAAAAAAAAAGAGUUUUCAGAUAUCAAUUAGGUUUGUUUGACACUCGUAAAACUGUCUUAAGAAGUUUGAUUCUUGUGCUCAAAGAAACCUUAAACUUCUCUUUCCGACCAAAGUUUAGAGUUUCUUAAAUUAAGUUAGAAAUGGAGAUCACAGCUGAAACGAUGCAAAAGUCAAAGUUCAGAAGAAUCUGUGUCUUCUGUGGAAGCAGCCAAGGCAAGAAGAGUAGUUACCAAGAUGCUGCUGUUGAUCUCGGCAACGAACUGGUUUCAAGGAAUAUUGAUCUAGUCUAUGGAGGUGGGAGCAUAGGAUUGAUGGGUUUGGUUUCACAAGCCGUUCAUGAUGGUGGUCGUCAUGUUAUUGGAAUCAUUCCCAAGACCCUCAUGCCUAGAGAGUUGACUGGUGAAACAGUAGGAGAAGUAAGAGCAGUUGCAGAUAUGCACCAAAGGAAAGCUGAGAUGGCUAAGCACUCUGAUGCUUUUAUUGCCUUACCAGGUGGUUAUGGAACACUUGAAGAGUUGCUUGAAGUCAUAACUUGGGCUCAGCUUGGUAUCCAUGACAAGCCGGUGGGUUUGCUCAAUGUUGAUGGAUACUACAACUCUCUGCUCUCAUUCAUUGACAAAGCCGUCGAAGAAGGAUUCAUUAGCCCGACUGCUCGUGAGAUCAUAGUCUCUGCACCUACUGCUAAAGAGCUGGUGAAAAUGCUAGAGGAGUAUGCACCUUGCCAUGAAAGUGUUGCAACUAAGCUUUGUUGGGAGAUGGAACGGAUUGGCUACUCGUCUGAAGAGUGAUUAAGAUCAAGAUUAUCUAUAUUAAGAAAGAAAAAAACUACUUAAAAUAUUUUCAUAUAUAUAGAUAUGAAAAUUGUCGGAGACUUUCACGAUUUUAAUCUUACUAUAAAAGGAAGGAAUAGGUUAUGAUUAGUUUCCACUACGGGGGAAGUUCUUAAUUUAUGUAAAUUAUUAUUAGUAAGUCUUUUUUAACUCCAAGCCAAAUGUUUUUUUUCUUUUUCUUUUUAAAAUUCUGUAAGUGCCCAAAACUCUUUUCCUUUGUAACAAAAACAA